AUGCCAGCUUUGCAGUUCUCUUCCUGUCCCAUCAUAUCUACCGAGCUUGCGAUUCCCGCUGCUCACGACGCAUCUCCAUUCAUCACACUUUUCCGUAUCUCUGCAUCAUUUGAAUUCAUUUCUUACCGGGACCGCCAUCAUCUAACGAGUCAGCCGUUGAUACAAAAAAACGUCUUCGACUUGAGCGACGCUUGUGUGCGUAGCUCAUGGGCAGUCAUCCUACCGUUCGCGGUUGCGGUUCUUUUCGCCGUCUCCGCGCUGCCCGCGGAGGUAGUUGUGGAUGUUCAGAUACAUACCGAGGAUAUUGAGGUCGAGCCAGCCUCGCUCUGGCGCGCGCGCAUCUUCGCCUUCGUUGGCGUCCUCCAAACUCUCGCCUGGAGCGGCCUGGCCUUUGUUGUUUUCAACCAGAAGGAUGAACCCACGACAACCAGCCUGAUUCAAUUGGGAUUCCUUGCAGGCUCGUGGCUCUACACUGCCGUCCGGAGUAUCGCGUCGCCACCACAGACCGCGCCUUACGACCUGUUUGUCAUUUAUACCCUCCAGGCGAUUGGAGCCGCCGUCGUUCUCGGUGGUCUACUCUUCGACAAUGCAUUCGGAGGAGCGUCGUUGCCGUCACAGGGCAUUCUUGUUGGUCUGGGUGUUUACGCAGCUAUGACGGCGGUCAUGCUGUAUCUGGUGGUGGAAAUGCCUAUGAACAUUCCCUCUACGCGUGUGGACAAGACUGACAUCGGAAAAACUGUCUCUCCUGAGGACUACACCACGAUAUCUCAGUGGAUGACAUUCAGCUGGGUAUACCCGCUGGUCAAAAAGGGAACACACAAUACACUGAACGAGAUAGAUGUUUGGAACAUGAGCCCGACCAUGCAAUCGUUGCCAGUUUUCGUCAAGUUCCAGACCAUCUAUCGAAGCACCCUUCUGCGUCGUGUGAUCGCGGCCAACUCUUUUGACAUCAUCAUUGAUUUUAUUGUCACUAUCUUGGGGAUCUUCUUCGAAUAUGCUGGACCAUUUCUGCUCAAACAGCUCCUCGACGUUCUGGAACAAAAGAAUCCGUCGCCCAGAGAUAAAGCCCUUGCGCAUCUACUGGCCGCGUUGAUCAGGCGGACAACAGCGCGUGUCCGGUCCCAGCUUAUGGCAGCGAUUUACGACAAGGCGCUAAAAAGAAAGGACUUCAGCGGAGUCGUCAAAGAAAAGGAGAAAGAUGAUGGCAAAACAAAGGCCGAAUCCGCUGGGAAGGAAGAGGAGAAAGCCAAAUCGAGCGCAGAUGUCGGUAAAAUCGUGAACCUCAUGUCCUCCGACGCAGAAGAUCUCUCGUUUAUUGCGUCUUCAAUCUACAUGCUUUAUGGCGCACCAUUCGAAGUUGCCAUUGGCUCUGUUUUCCUAUACCAACUUCUUGGUUGGAGUGCAUUCGCGGGCUUUGUUCCCCUGUUCGCUAUUAUGCCCAUCAACAGGCUCCUCACCGCCGUCACCGUCAAACUUUAUGAGGGCAAAAAGAAGGCUGCAGAUAAGCGGAUGGCGCUGGUAGACGAACUGAUUGCAGCUGUCAAGUUUAUCAAGUUCUUCGCGUGGGAGGAUCGGUGGACGGAACGUGUCAUGGAAGCAAGGGAGGAGGAGAUGGGCUUUAUGGUGCAGCAACGGCUCUACACGACUAUUUUCAAUGGAGUAUGGAACUUUGGACCACUGGCGCAUUCGCUUGUGUCGUUUGCUGUUUAUGUGUACCUGGGCAACGAAUUGACUGUUGCAAAGGCCUUCACGGCCCUGGCUAUUUUUUCUAGCAUCCGAAACCCGCUCAAUAUUGUCCCAACAUACAUCGUCCAUCUACUCCGGAGUGCUGUGGCGCUGAAGCGGAUAGCAAAUUUCCUCGAAGAAGACGAGGUUACUGAGCAAGUUUCCACCAUAAAGCAAGACUUCGCGGCAGCAACGAUUGUUCACCAGGGUCUGGGUCUUGAAAAUGCGACCCUCGAGUGGAAUCAAGUCAAAGAAGAUGACAAGACGACCACUGCAGCCAGCGUCCCCAAAUCCGCCGCCUCAAGCGUUGCAGAUGUUUCCACCCUCGCCGACUCUGAGAUUCGCGACCAUCAUUUCGAAUUGAAGAAUAUCUCUGUAUUGUUCCCAGAGAACAAGUUGUCUGUCAUUACUGGCCCGACAGCAAGUGGGAAAACCGCUCUUUUGAUGGCACUAAUGGGUGAAAUGAGCCUUCUUCCUGGAGGUCGUAUCAUCAUGGCCAAGGACUCGACGGUGGACGAGCAUGGGCAUACACACGGCAUUGCAUAUGCAGCCCAAACUCCUUGGUUGCAGCAUCGGUCAAUCAAGGACAACAUCCUUUUCGGUUCUCCUAUGGAAGAAGCUCGCUACAAGGAAGUUGUCCGUUGCUGUGCCUUGCAACCUGACUUUGAGGUGUUGGAGGAUGGAGAUUUAACCGAAAUUGGAGUGAAGGGAGUUUCGUUGUCAGGCGGCCAAAAGGCAAGAGUUGCACUUGCUCGGGCUGUAUACUCGAGGAAAAGAUAUGUUUUGCUCGAUGAUCCUCUCAGCGCUGUGGACAGCCAUACCUCGCGAUUCCUCUAUGAAAAUUGUUUGCGAGGCCCGUUGUUGGCUACCCGGACGGUGGUACUUGUAACGCAUCACCUUGAGCUUGUUCUUCCUGCGGCACACCAUCUUAUCCGCAUGCUCGAUGGUCGAAUUGACGCGCAAGGCACUGUUGGUGAACUACGCUCCCAAGGUGUUCUCGAAGAUAUCAAACACGAAGCAGCGGCCGAAGCGGAGAAAGAGGAACAAGCCAUUGUUGCGGAAGCUGUUGAUGCAACCGCAGAUACCACAGCAGAGCCCAAGAAACCGCGCAAGCUUGUUGAAGACGAACAUCGAGAGGUCGGGACGGUGAAAUGGAGUGUCUACCAGGCGUAUCUCCUCGCCUCAGGCUAUUGGGUCUGGAUUUUGCUUGCCGCCUUAGCCACAAUGCAGAACGUUCAACGCGUCAGCGAAAAGUUGUGGUUCAAGUUCUGGGCCGCUGGUUACGACGCAGCCCCGAAUAUGCAUAUGAUGCAAACCCAGAGCGCAUAUGACGGUGCAGCCCAGGUUUUCCUUCUCCCUUCAGGCAAUUCUGCCGUGCACGUGACUUCGCUUCCCAAUGCGGCAACACACCCCCUAUUUUAUAUCGGCGUCUAUACAGCCAUUGGAGUCGCUGGGGUAGCCUUACAACUUCUAGGGGGGUGGGUUCAGUACACCGGUGCUCUUGCAGCCUCGCGCGUUCUGUUCAAGAAGCUUCUUUUCACUGUUACACGAGCUACCUUCAGAUUCCAUGACACGACGCCUCAGGGAAGGAUCCUUAACCGAUUCAGCAAAGAUUUCAACACCAUCGACGGAGAGUUGUCUGGAUCACUGUAUGCGGUAACAUCGUCGCUGUCAGCUUUCUUCGUCUCUAUCAUCACAGUCGCAAUUGUUAUACCUCCCUUCCUCCUCCCAGCCACCUUCCUUUCUAUCGGAUAUUGGUGGCUUGCGAAUGGUUAUCUCAGCACUGGACGAGAUCUGCGUCGCAUGGAAUCGAAUAGCCGUUCACCAAUCUUUUCGGACUUUGGCGAGCUUCUUUCCGGCUUGGUCACCGUUCGCGCCUUUUCGGCUGAGAAGCGUUUCAUGCAAGGCCUGCACCAGCGCAUUGACGAAAUGGCCAAGACGUGGUAUGCCUUUUGGAUGAGCAGCCGCUGGUUGUUGAUCAAUUUCGAUGUCCUUGGUGGUGUUGCCGUCUAUUUGACGACACUAUUCACAAUUCUCGUCGUCGACGAUGCGGGUCUUGCAGGUCUUGCGAUAACGUCUGCUCUUACAUUCAGUGACAGCGUUUACUGGACUUGUCGCUUCUGGACAGAAUUGGAGCUGAAUCUCAAUUCUGUUGAACGCAUCUCCGAGUAUCUUGACCUUCCGCAAGAACCCCCGGCGAUUGUCGAGUCAAAUCGACCACCAGCAUACUGGCCAUCGAGCUCUGCGAACGACUCUCUUGUUGUCGCGGAGGAUGUUCAUUUGAAGUAUGCGCCCGACCUUCCCUCGGUUUUGCAUGGCGUUUCGUUCAAACUGAAGGCCGGAGAGCGAAUUGGUCUAGUUGGAAGGACAGGAAGUGGCAAAUCUACGCUUGCGAUGAGCUUAUUGCGUUUUGUGGAUCCAUCGAGCGGUAAAAUUGUUGUUGAUGGGGUGGAUAUCUCCAAGAUUGGUAUAUACGAUCUCCGUUCGCGAAUGACAUUUAUUCCUCAAGACGCUACCUUGUUCUCUGGAACAUUGCGAGAUAACUUGGAUCCAUUCGGGGAUCACGAAGACAGUGUCUGCAUCGAUGUCCUUCGUCGCGUCCACCUUUUGACGCGGGGCGACACUCCUUUGCAAGGGCAAUCUCGUGUUGCGUCCACCGCCGGCUCCCGCGAAGUCUCCCGUCCCGCUUCUCUUCACGAGCACGCGGACAACUCGGAAACACUCUCCACCACCCUGACCAGUGUAGAUGGCAAGCCGACAACGCUCUCGCUUGACACGCAGGUCUCCGCCGGUGGCUCCAACUUCUCCCAGGGGCAGCGGCAGCUCAUCGCGAUGGCGCGCGCGCUUUUGCGGCGCUCUGCCAUCGUCGUCAUGGACGAGGCCACGAGCAGCGUCGAUUUCGAAACGGAUGCGAAGAUCCAGCAGACGAUCAGGGAGGAGUUUGCCGGCUCUUUGCUCAUCACUGUUGCUCAUCGCCUCAAGACGAUCAUCGACUACGACCGCGUUAUGGUGCUGGACAAGGGCAAGAUCGUCGAAUUCGACCGGCCGUCGAGUCUUAUUCAGAGAGAGAGUUCGGUGUUCCGAGGGAUGUGCGUCAAGAGCGGCACGUUUGCGGAGUUGGAGGCUGCAGCGAAGAGAGCCUUUGAGGCGCAUGGAUGA